UCCACAGGAGAGCACGUUGUCGUGUGAGUGUCUCACUACUGGUCAGACGCUUGAAUCGGGGAGGUCUGUUGGUGUAAGAGCGGUGCCGUGGUGGAUCCAAUGUGAGACUGUGUCUUUGGCUCGGCACUUUAUUCCGCGAGCUGCUUGGGCAAAUGCGCAACUGUUGCAACUUUUCCUUACUUUAAGGAGCGCGCGUCUCUCCCCCAAUUAAAAACCAAAUAAACGCGCAAUCUUUCUGACAGUCUUACAAUGGACGAGGAUAACAGCGUCAUGCCUGAGCUGAAGGACAUAGAGACGAAAUUAGGUCGGAAAGUGCCGGAUAGUCUCAUCCGUUCUCUUGUUGCGGGGAAACAUCACGAAGAGCACGAGAAGUCUGCGCAUUUAACGAACCGUAAAUGUUGUAAUAGUUCCACCGACUUGAAAAGACUGGAGAGCAAAAUGCUGUUCCUGAAACAAGAAAUGGCACAUCUGCGAGCCAUUGACGUGAAGCUGAUGCAGCAGCUAAUGUCAAUCAACGAGGGCAUUGAGUCCAUCCGUUGGAUGAUAGAAGACAAGGGAGGAGUGGCCAGCCAAGAGGGCAGCUUGACGGGCAGCCUGUACAGCCUGUCAGACAGCCAGGACGGUACCUCACUGCGAGGCAGCUUAAACAGCUUGAACGACGGUAACAGUGACGGGCUGGACAGUCUGUCUGUGGGUAGUUACUUGGACACUCUAGCAGAGGAUCUCUCGGACAACCCUUCACCUACGGAUCUAGACUGCUUUGUGGACAAAAUUGACGGUGAUGGUUUCAGCAAAUCGCCACUGAAACUUAGGGUGGAAUCAGAUGAAUACUACUGCUUUGGAUAAUGAUAAGCUAAACGCGGUGGUUACAGAGACUACUGAGAUGUGAAGAAAGAUUUGAAAAUUUACACUGACAAAUUAACACAGAUGUCAGAUUUUGUUUUCUCUCCUUAUUAACAGCCAAGAUAUUGGCAAGACUUACCAAAUAACGUGUUUCCUUUUACCUUGAAACCAGCUUCCUUAUUUUGUGGAUUGAACACAACUCAUGAAACCGUUGCCACUUAAACGUCACACCAAAUGCAAGUGAGAACAUGUCUUAAUAUUUUAUCAUGCAGGUCAGUUAUAUUGAGAAUGUGCUCUAUUAUGAUUUAAGGGUUAUAUUUAUUGUGGAGUCAUUCAAUACCUCAGCAUUUAGAGUAUUUCCUAGCCUAAAAAUAGCUAAAGAAGAGUGAAUAUAAGUAGCAACACCAGCGAAGUUCCUUCUUUAUCUGUGGGAAAACUCAGCUUCGACUUUGUUAGGUCAACCACAAUCAGCCAAUCUAAGUAAAGGGAGUAGAUUAGGAUUUAGCAGCCAUUUGGAAAAUUGGACAUUUCAUGCUGACUGAUUCAAGAGGCUAAACAUCUAAACUUUAAGUGUUACAGCAAGUGCAAUUUGCUUCCAUGCCAAAUUCUGAGCAGCACCUACUGUAAAAGUUAGGCUUUUUAAUUGUUUUUUUUUAACUUAAAUGUUUUGACUGAUGGACGUUCUUAAGCUAAAAAUCUGCGAUAGUAGAACUCACAUGUACACACAUGAGAUUAGUAGCACAGAUGCUUGACUGAAAACCAAAGCAAUUUGAUUGUCUUAUAGAUAAUUUAAGCCUGAGGCAAAACCCUGUUCACACCAGAUGGGGGAUUUGUUGAUGGUGGGAAUAUGUGAAACACAUGUUUGCUUUGUGAGCACAUUUUAAUUCUCUGUUGCCAAACAAAAAAAAGGUUUAACAUUGCUGUAGAUUAACUAGUUGUUUUUUUUUAAAACUCAUUCUGUUGAUUUGUUUGACAUUUGUAUUUCAUGCUGCCUGCUUUCGAAAAGAAAGACCCAGUUUUUAUUGAUUGCUGUUCAUUUUGUUGUGGAAAUGAAAUAAUAUAUUGUGAUUUUUCUCUUGCUCA